AUUGCGCUCCCAUUGAAUCCACCAAAUUUAUUACAAAUCCCUAAUAUCUCUCUCUCUAACUCUUCUUCUUCUCUCUCUUCCCCGUUUUCGCGCUUCUCUUUUCCGGGAUUUCGUCUCCUGGUCUUCACAAUUCCUGUUUGCUUUGUUCUCUUGAAUCUGUUUUCAUUUCAAUUUCUGGAUUUGAUUUUGUUCCUCUGUGAGAUCUGUGAAAUUAGUUGAUUCUUCCAUUUCUCAUUUGAGUGAUGCGUAAUGGAGUUUCUCGGUAACCAAGUAGCAAGUAGCAGAGGUUGUAAGAAUUGUAAAAUGUUUGUUUUAUUGAUUUUCUUUUUGCUUUUCUCUGCCGUAUUUGAUUCGAUUGCAGAAGCGCAUGUUCGUCAAGGAUUCAACAACUCCAAUCGCUCUGGUAUUUUCGGAAUCGAUUUGGGGGAAAAUCUUAGUUCCGGUAUUGCGGCUUCAUCCGCUAGUGCUCCGUGUAGCUUUGGAAAUGAAGGUGAAGAACAAGGAGAGGUAGAGAGUUUAAUGGCGGAUUCAGUGAAGCAAUCGGUGAAGCUUCACUUGAAGAAGCGGUCAAUGAGUCGAGAAACCGAACCUAAGGAAUCGAUUACUGAAUCUGCAGUUAGGGAUUUGGCAAGAAUCCAGACGCUUCAUACGAGAAUCGCUGAGACGAAGAAUCAAGAUAUGACUUCGAGGUUGAAGAAGAGCAACGUUGAGAAAAUGAAACUGGCGGAGGAGGCGGUUUCUCCGGCUCCGUCGCAGGAAUCUUACGCCGAUUACUUCUCCGGUCAGCUUAUGGCUACUUUGGAAUCCGGCGUUAGUCUCGGCUCUGGUGAGUACUUCAUCGACGUUUUCGUCGGUUCUCCGCCCAAACAUUUCUCUCUGAUUCUCGAUACUGGAAGUGAUUUGAACUGGAUUCAAUGUGUCCCUUGCUACGAUUGUUUCGAGCAAAAUGGGCCUCAUUACAACCCUAAAGAUUCAAUUUCUUUCAGAAACAUAACCUGUAACGAUCCUCGAUGUCAAUUAGUUUCGUCUCCAGAUCCACCGCAGCCGUGCAAAAUCGAAACUCAAUCGUGCCCUUAUUUCUACUGGUACGGCGAUAGUUCGAACACCACAGGUGAUUUCGCGCUUGAAACCUUUACUAUCAAUCUGACCUCGUCGGGGAAGUCGGAGUUUCGGAAAGUAGAGAAUGUGAUGUUUGGAUGUGGCCAUUGGAACAGAGGCCUCUUCCAUGGCGCCGCUGGAUUAUUAGGGCUUGGCCGAGGACCUCUCUCUUUCUCAUCGCAGCUUCAAUCGCUCUACGGCCAUUCCUUUUCCUACUGUCUUGUUGAUCGAAACAGCGAUACAAGCGUGAGCAGCAAGCUGAUUUUCGGCGAAGACAGAGAUCUAUUAACUCAUCCAAAACUGAAUUUCACAUCUCUGAUCAACGGAAAGGAAAAUCCAGUCGAUACAUUCUACUACCUGCAAAUCAAAUCGAUAUUCGUCGGAGGCGAGAAACUCCACAUCCCAGAGGAGAUCUGGAACCUCUCGGCCGACGGUGCCGGUGGAACAAUCAUCGAUUCCGGCACAACUCUCAGCUAUUUCUCGGAUCCGGCUUACCAGAUCAUCAAAGAAGCAUUCAUGAGGAAAGUGAAAGGCUACAAACUGGUUGAUGAUUUUCCGAUCUUACAUCCUUGCUACAACGUGUCCAGCGUAGAUAAAUUGGAAUUUCCAGAAUUCGGAAUCCAGUUCGCGGACGGUGCGGUGUGGAACUUUCCGGUGGAGAAUUACUUGAUCAGAAUCGAGCAAUUGAAUAUAGUGUGCUUGGCGAUGUUAGGAACUCCAAAAUCGGGGCUGUCGAUCAUCGGAAAUUACCAGCAGCAGAAUUUCCACAUAUUGUACGAUACGAAGAACUCCAGAUUGGGGUACGCGCCGAUGAGAUGUGCAGAAGUUUGAUCUAACUCCAUGUCUAAACAUAAUUUUAAUCUUAGCAGGAAGAAGAAGAA